AAUAUUUAUGCGACCCUGCAAGUAGAAGCACUGUGUAUGAUAAACGUCAACAAGGGCGGUGUUACUGUAAUCGAAAAUUUGAGUGCUUGUGGUAAAUAAGUUUUACAUAUUUUGCUAUUUGAGAAGUGAAAUGCCACAGGAUUUACAGAAUCUAACUACCAAGCCUAAAACUAAAAAAAUUAGUAUUCCUCGAGCUCAGAGCAACAUAGAUGAAAUUCAAAAUCUCCAAUGCUCAAAUUUCAGGCCAGAUCUUGACAUGGAAAACAAUUUACCACCCGCCAUAAGGUCACGUUUACAAGAUCUCUUUGCCCAAAUUGAAAAGGAGUUUGAGUUAUUGUAUUCGGAGAAUGUGAAUUUUUUUUGUGAUUUUUGUGCAGUACAAGAGAAAAUCGAAAACUUGAACGAGCGUUUGGAACGAGAAUCAAACCUAGGGGACAAGCAAAGCUAUGACUUUACUGAUUUUGACAAUACUUCAUCUAAGGGAUUUCCCAAAGUGAAAACAAACGCGUCACAGAAAGUGAAGACGGCUCACAAGCUGAAAGCGCAGACCAGCAAGAUAGUGUCGAGCUUCAAGGGUCCGACGGUGAGCUGCUCGCUGGUGCGAGAGUUCUCCGGCCACCGGGACGGCAUCUGGGAGGUCAGCGUGGCCCGUCCCGGCCAGCCGUACAUCGGCACUGCGUCCGCCGACCACACGGCGUGCAUUUGGAGCAUCGAGAGCGGGCGCUGCCUGCUGCGGUACCAAGGCCACGGCGGGUCGGUGAACUCGAUCCGGUUCCACCCCAGCCGGGACCUGGUGCUGACGGCGAGCGGCGACCAGACGGCCCACGUGUGGCAGGCCGUGGUCACCUGGGACCAGCAGAAGGGCCACUCGUCGGAGGAGGAGCUGGACGCCGGCGAGAAGGGGGAGGAGGUGGACAGCGGGCCGGAGGGGGGCGCCCCCUCCCUGCGCACCCCGGUCUGCGAGCUGAAGGGCCACGCGGCGGUCGUCAUGGCCGCGGACUGGCUGCCGGGGGGCGACCAGGCCAUCACGGCCUCCUGGGACCGCACGGCGGGGCUGCACGACGCCGAGACGGGCGAGCUGGUGCAGUCGCUCAGCGGUCAUGAUCACGAACUAACCCACAUAUCGUCCCAUCCCUUGCAGCGUCUCGUGGUGACUUCCUCGCGGGACACUACGUUUAGGCUGUGGGACUUUCGAGAGCCAAUCCACUCUGUAUCCGUGUUCCAAGGGCACACGGACACGGUGACGUGUGCCGUGUUCACGCGGGAGGACAAGGUGGUGUCCGGCUCGGACGACCGCAGCGUCAAGGUGUGGGACCUGCGCAACAUGCGCUCCCCGCUCGCCACCAUCCGCUCCGACUCGGCGGCCAACCGGCUGGCGGUGUCGCCGGGCGGCGUCGUCGCCAUCCCGCACGACAACCGCCAAGUGAGGCUGUUCGACCUCGGCGGCCAGAGGAUAGCGCGCCUGCCCAGGACCAGUCGCCAGGGGCAUCGCCGAAUGGUUUCCUCUGUCGCAUGGGCGGAGGACAGCUCCAGUCUUUCCUGCAACUUCUUCUCGUGUGGGUUCGAUCGGCUUAUCCUUGGCUGGUCCGUGCAAUCUUUCAAAGACUUGUAAAGUGUGCGUUUAUCAUGCACUAUGUAAAAAUCUGUACGCGUGUUGAAUGUUUAUACAUACAGAAUAUUCCUCUAACGUUAGCUUACGUUUUUUUGUCAGACUGAUGUAAUUAGUGUUUGAAAGUCCAUUGUUGUUUUUAAAAAAAAAGUGCUUUUAGUUUCUUUUUUUAUUUAUCUGCUAAUGCAUGCAGUUGCACAUAAAUGGAAGUUUUUGAGGCUUAUCAUUAUUGAAUGAUCAGUAUGAUACGUAAAUAAAUAUUUGUUGAAUUGUGAUAAAGCCGAAAUAACACUGAAAAGCAUGUAACGCAGUUAAUACACCUGAAAGCACAAAAUGAAACAAAAAAAAUCAUGAAACUUUCAAAUUAAUCAGCAUAUUGAAUCAAAAUGACACUCAGAUUCCAAAAACAUAAUCUUGUAAUAUAUUAAAUUCACUGAAUGAAAAUUAUUUAGCAUGGACUUAAUACCAAAAUGUAUGUACUAAAUAGAUUGGAAAAAAUGUUUUUUUUAUAUUUAAACUUAUAUAUAACUAAUUUUUACAUAAUGACAUUGGCAAAAUAUAAAUAAAUUUUACAUUACAACAUUGGUACUAUUUCAAAUGCACAUACACUGCUGGUUUAUUUUUAUUUUUUCCAGGAGUGAGAUAUGUUUCUUACAAAUUAUUACAUUGUGCAUCAUGUAUCGGUCAAAAUGACACUGUUUUGGUGAAGUAAGUAUCAGUGAAUAAGUAAGAGUCAUAUUUAUUAAAAAAUUUUCUGUCUUAAUGAAUAAACAGAGGUUAUAAAAAAUAAAAAUAAUAUCACCAAAAUCCCCUUUGUUAAAAAUGAAAUCGGCCUAAAAAUUAAACCAUAAAAUUGUCUCUAGGUAUUGGUGAUAGUGAAAAGUAAAUACAAAACAACUGUUACGUACACUUAAAUUUCUUAUUUCAUUUAUGUGUGUGUAUUGUAUGUACAUAUAUUCCUUUCAUAAUGUACAAAUGUAAUUAUUGUACAAAUAGGUUAUAAAGUUAUAAUGUGUGUUUGAUGUGUUUCACCUUAAAUGUUGGCCUACCAGAUAAUUCUUGGCAUUAGCCUAGUUACUGUUGUUUUGUCACAAACUUAAUGUAAAACUUGUACGUAGUAUUUUGGUAGUUUCUUGAUUAUGUUACAGCUGUUUGCUGGAACAUCACGUGAAUUUUGCAAUAUGCUUACUAGAUUGUCAAUAUGCUUACAAUCUAUUAUUUACGACAAGCAUAAAUUGCAGACCAACCUCUUAAAUAUAACUUGUACUUCAAACUUACCUAAUUAAACACAUGUCAAUUUGUACCUUUUAAGAACACAAUAUAUUGUUCUAUGUAGGGCAAGUGACAUGAAAUAUUUGUGUUACAAACAUGAUUAUGUAUCAUUUAUUUUUAAAUGUCAAAUAGUAAUAUAUAUAUAAAAUUUUACUACUUGUACAGUUCCUGUUUUGUUUAAAACUACAGUUUGUUAUAAACGUGUGCCAUUUAUUGUUGUAAAUAUAAGUUUAUUGUAUGAAA